AUGUCCACCAAGCUCAACAUCCACCUUCCCGUGGGCGCGGCGCAUCUCCGCUUGCCUACCAAGGAAGAAGUGGCGCUCUUGAUCUUCGCGUACUGCGCUGCUUGGCUGUUCAGACACCUCGUCUACCGACCAUGGUCGUCGCCUUUGAAGAAUUUGCAGAAACCCCCAGGCGGGACAAGCUUAGGCGGGCACUAUGCCGAGGUGGUAGACCUAUACAAUCACGCCAAGAUGGACUCCUGGAUCGCCUCACUAGGCGCCACCUUCCGCGUCCAAGGCAUGUUCUGGGCGCACCACCGACUCUGGACCAUCGAUCCUCGAGCGGUCACGCAUGUCCUAUCCAAGCCGUACGAGUACCGCAAGCCGGAUCUCCUCCGUGCGCUUCUGUGCAGGUAUAUGAAAGAGGGGCUGAUCCCGGCGGAGGGCGAGAGGCACAAGGAGCAGAGGAAGGUUGUACAGAAGCUGUUUAGUGGGGGUGCGCUGCGGAGUUACGGGGGUUUGGUUCAAGAAAAAGUGGCUCAGUUCCGCGAUAUCCUCCUCGAUCUCACGACCAAUCAAGACCACUCCUCUCCAUACGCACCACUCCACCCAACGCCUGCUCCCUCCUCUUCGGGUAUUCCAACAGCUCCUCCUCCCUCUCCCGCGUACCCCUUACCGGCCAACAGCCGGAAAGACCAGACCCGCGAGAUCGACAUCUACUCUGCCGUCUCGCGCAUGCUCUUCGACCUCAUCGGCCAGAUCGGAAUCGGACACAACUUUGACUCGACGGGAAACUGGGAUGGAGAGGGUGGACACCUGUUCCACAAUUAUGACCGGAUGCAGCAGUUUGUUCCUGGUGCGUCAGGGAUACGGUUCGAGAUGAGCAUAUUGUUUCCUUGGACGGAUCGGUGGUUCCCGACGGAGAACUCCCGUAGGGUUGAAGCGGGUAUGGGACCGAUGGAGGACUUGUCCCGCAAAAGAAUCAAGGAAGUGCGGCAGGAGAUGAAGGAGGGGAAGAGGGAGGAGAAGGGGUAUCCUGAUCUUCUGACUCUGAUGAUCCGCUCUACGAUGAACUUAACGGAUUCGAGCGAUCAGAAGAUGCAGGACAAGGAGAUCACGGGUCAACUUGCGACGUUCAUGUUUGCAGGGACGGAUACUACAGCCAAUGUCAUGUCUUUCGGUCUUCGCUUAAUAGCCAUCAGCCCGCAUAUCCAAACGACACUUCGGACAGAAUGCCUGGGCUAUGGCGAUUCGCUGCCGUAUGAGCAGAUGGACGCCUUGCCAUACCUCGACGCGGUAGUCAGAGAGAUGCUGCGUUGCUUCCCUUCAAUUCCAGGAACGAUCCGGGAAGCGACCGAAGACGACAUCAUCCCCCUCCAACACCCCAUCAUUACCCUUUCCGGCCAAACCAUUACUUCCGUCCCUAUCCGUAAAGGCCAAAUCGUCCACCUACCCAUCGAGAAUCUCAAUAUGGCCCAGUCCAUCUGGGGUCCCGACGCGCGCGAAUUCAAGCCGGAACGGUGGCUUGUGCGGGGCGAUCCCUCCAACCCGUCACUGGUGACAGGUACGGCCGUACCCCCCAGUGUAGGCGAGGGACCUGGGGUAUGGAGCAACGUCAUGACGUUCAUUGAUGGGCCAAGGCGAUGUGUGGGGUACAGGCUGGGAAUCAUGGAGAUGAAGAUCAUGCUGUAUACGCUGAUUAGAGAGUUUGAGUUUGGGGCUGUUCCGGGAAAGAAGGUGUACAAAACGAAUAUGAUCAGUACGAGGCCGUAUGUCAAUGGCGAGCUCAAGACCAAGGGGUAUCAUCUGCCGCUUCUCAUUAGGCCGUACAAGGGGGAUCAGUAG